AUGGAGUGCAGGAAGUUCCAGAUUGCCAUUCUUUCAGCUCAAGGUCUUCAGAACGUCCGAGAAAUAUUCAGAAUGAAAGUCUACGCCCAGCUUUCAAUCCCCGGCAAUCCCCAAAUAAAGAGAGAAACCCCAGUGGACACAGAGGGGGAGACCAACCCCGCAUGGAACUCCACCAUUAGAUUCACAAUAGGCAAUCAGGCAGUCGAAUACCAAGGCGUCGUGUUCGUCAUCAAGCUAUACUGCAGCCGGACCCUAGGAGACCGGUACAUCGGUGAGGUGAGCCUAUCUUUCAAGGACCUGUUUGAUGGUGCCGCACCCACCAGCCAAGGCCGCAGCAGCGGUAUUGUAAGUUACCCAGUGAAAAGGGGUGGAGCGGAUUCACAAGGGGUAUUGAACUUUUCAUACUCUUUUGGGGAUAUAGUGAUGGUUAAGAAACCAUCCCUUUUCUCGACCAGAAAUUUGGCAGCUGCAGGUAUCUUUAUUGUGAGAGUGGUUUUAGAGGCAACCUUAGGAGCAAGCAUCGAUCUCGACAUUCCAUUCUUUGGAGAAGAUGUUCCGAUAUGUUAG